AUGGUCCAGUAUUUCGCUGUUUUCCUGAUUCUCUCUUUCUUUGGCGGCUUACUUGGAACAACCACUUCACCUCAGCAACAAAACGAUUCAAAGUUAAAAGACUUAUGCCAGGUAAGAAAUGCAUAGAGAUACCGCGCCGUGCAUUAGGUACACCCAGAAACUGUUUUACUAGUCUCUAGUAAAUAGUACCCGUUAAAAGUGUAUGGCAGUUUAUUUAAAUGUCCUCGCUUCAGCAUGAUCUUUCCUCGAAAACCUUAUGCCUGUGCAUUGUUAGCUGUUAAUUUUCUCUGAUUCCAUCAAAGUCCAUUCGAGGCGAGAUAACACUUUAAAUAGCAUUAUGAUGUCCAAGGUCCAUUCCGUACCUCGAAAACAAGGGAGGCGGCUGGUAGGUACAGACUUUGUUCAUAUUGGUGUGGAAUCAUUGUUUGCGAGGGAGCUACGGGCGUGUAUGAACGUAUUUAUCGUUUCAAUUCCAAAUGAGAAGGAAAGAGAAAUAAUUAUGCGAAUUCCUUUUCGUUGCUGUUCUUAAUCUAAGUAAUGGUGACAUGCGUAAUUUGUUAGAGGAAAGGUCUGAAAACUGGUAUGAAUUUUAGAGACUGAAAACGAGUGUAAAAAUGACGUGUCUGAAAAAGAGUCAGGAUUUUGGGAACCGGGCGGCACAUCCCCACCAAAAAUUCCGAGGAGUACAUCCCCCCCCCCCGUCCCCGAGUCAUUUAAAAUCGUCUCUGCUUAUUACAAGUCAUCUUUACUUUCAGCGAUCUAUGAUGGGUUUCCCUGGUAUUCCAGGAUCAAAUGGGAUACCGGGAGUGCCGGGCGUCCCGGGGCCACACGGACCCCGGGGAAGGGAAGGAGUAAAAAGACAAAUUGGUGAUAAAGGAUCACAAGGAAUGCCGGGUCCAAGAGGAGACAGAGGGCGCGAAGGACCCCCUGGGAAGAGUGGACCACGAGGAAUUAAGGGAAUGAAAGGUCAACAGGGACUUCCGGGAAUGAAAGGAGUGCGCGGAACCGUCGGAAUAAAAGGAGAGCGAGGCAUUGUGGGAAAUCCAGGAAGAAAAGGAGACAAAGGAGAGAAAAGAAAAAGCGCCAAAGCAAGUCAAGCAAGUGUAGUACCACAAACCAACUGGAAACAAUGUGUGUGGAAACGAGACACCAGUACUGAUAACGGAAAGAUUAAGGUAAUUAGAAUAAGAAUCAUAACACACUCCAAACGAAAGUAAUUCCUCUCUAAAUCAAAAUAUUUCAAAGGCGAACGUCUACCUUCUCACUCACCAUUUGCCAACAAAUAACAUAAAUAACUAAGUUACAUUUCUCUCUACUUUUGUUCUUUUUGAACGAAAAAAGGGAAAACAAUCUUGGGUGAUAAAAGAUUCCUGGCCAUAUGGAUAAGGACAACGAAAAUUGAAGCUAUUACAGAAUUUUUAAAAACUAGGAAGUAAUCUUGACUGGAGUUGUUAGUAUCAAUUAUUACACACUGUUGCUCGCCUUGCUACAAUAUGUUUGAUUUGUUUGAUUUUAUUUUAGGACUGUGCGUUUAACAAACUGCAGUCUAAUUCAGCGCUCAGAGUCUCAUUCCAGGGAAACAUGAGAGUCUAUGGAAGUAGUGAGAAGUGUAACCGAUGGUAUUUCAAGUUUAAUGGAAAUGAAUGCAGUGGACCAAUGACGAUUGAGGCUGUUGUUUACAACUGGUGGCCAUCUGGGAGCCCUAAUCUGCUGCAUCAUCGGUCAUUUGGGGGGUACUGUGAAAACAUCCCACAAGGCGCUGUUAGAGUGGAAUUAUGGGUAGGACAGUGUGGUCGCAGCUACACCUUGGGUGAUGCUGAAACUGGGUGGAAUUCAGUGUCCCGGAUAAUGAUUGAAGAAGUAUCUAGGUCCCAGUCCUAA